CAUGAAUUUAGCACUAAUAGACCCAUUCCAGCUAGCCCAAGACUCUCCGGAUGCUCUCACAAACGAUCUCAGGUGUGGCCAUGCCACAACUCUUCGUUUCAGUCGAAAGGGUGAUUAUUUGGCAUCAGGUAGAGUGGAUGGCAAAGUUGUGAUAUGGGACAUGGAAACAUUUGGCGUCGCCAUGAGACUAGUGGGCCACUGGAAACAAAUUCAAAGUCUGAGCUGGUCUCGAGAUGGACGGUAUCUUCUCACUUCGUCUCAGGAUUGUCGUGCCUGUCUUUGGGACUUACAAACUCAACAACGCAUACGGACUGUCAAGUUCGAGGCACCGAUUUACACUGCCGAACUUCAUCCAUACAAUCACAAUCUCUUCGUAGCCUCGUUAUUUGAGGACCGCCCCUACCUUGUCGACAUUACAAACCCUGAAUGCAUCAAGAAAAUCUUGCCCACUACUCCACUCAGUGAUGGCGAAAGUGUCUCGCGGUCCGAGAACAAGCAGGCCACAACCUCAGCCAUAUUUUCUGUCCUGGGCAAUCACAUCAUCACAGGCACAUCGAAAGGCUACAUCAACAUCCUUGAGACAGAGUCUCGUAAAAUCAUUCAUUCCACCAAAAUCUCCUCGGGCUUGAUCUCGCUUCUGCGCCUGACAUCCAACGGCCGCCAACUCCUCGCCAAUAGUACUGAUCGUAUCAUUCGUACAAUCAAUCUACCUGAUCUUUCUCUGAUCACGCCCUCAACUGCGCCCCCCUUUGAGCCUACUAGCGAGGAAGAUACUCCUGACCCAGCCACAUUGGCUGAAAAUAUUGUCCUCACCACGGAGCACAAAUUCCAGGAUCUGGUGAAUCGCCUACGUUGGAAUCAUUGUGCCUUCAGUCACUCGUCAUCCACUGGCAUUGCCGACUAUGUCACUGCGUCGACGUACAUGAAAAAAGACAUUUACAUUUGGGAGUUACGCACGAAUUCAUUGCUUCGAAUUCUCGAGAACCGUGAGGAGCCUGCUAUCAUCGAAUGGCAUCCAUCGCGGCCGCUGCUUGCAUGUACAAGCAUCGAAACGGGGAGCAUACAAAUCUGGGGAAUUGAACCACAACAGAAAUGGUCGGCGCUUGCGCCGGAUUUCACUGAAGUAACCGAGAACGUUGAAUACGUGGAACGUGAGGAUGAAUUCGACACGUAUCCCAAGGAAGAGCACCAAAAACGACGUCUUGAUCGAGAAGAUGAGAUUGUUGACGUUUUGACUGUUGAGAGGAAAAUGGGCGAAGAAGAAAGCUUUGUUCUGCCAAUGUUAUAUAACGUCGAAGACAGCGACGGGGAUGACCAGGAAUUGGUGCGUAUGGGUGUUGGCACCAUGAGAAAGAAGGAUUUUCACGAGGGCAAGGAGUAUGAAAACGAAGCUGAUGAACCGGCCAAAGCUGCUCGCAAGCGAAAGUAUUAGGGGCUGCCUGCGAUACUUUGCAACGGUACCAGCGGCGGGUAAAUCGACGACAAUCACGAUUUCAGCUACGAUGAGGUAACACAGGGUUCGGAGGUUCUUUGUCCGGUUCUCUCAAGAAUAUUUACGCAAGGAGUUGGAAUUGGUCUGCAGCGAAAACUCGCACGGGAUGGUUCAUAGGUAUGGACUGAAUUCAGUAUACCACGACCCUAGCAUCGAACAUGUAAGGAGACUGCGUAAUCC